GACAUUUAAUAUUUCAAAACACGUGCGGGUAUUCGGUCGGUGUGUUAUUGUUGCAAUCGCAUGCAUUUUUUAUUUGCAAUACUAUCCUAAAUGUGAAUACUAUCAGCAAGAUGAAUCAAAAGAAAAUAGCCAAGAAUCCUUCCCUAGCUUAUACAAGCAAUCCGGACUACCGGAAGCCGCCGAAAAUCGCAAACCCUUAUCUACAAUGCCUUGGAGCGCCUCAUAUAGACUCUUUCAACUAUAUGUUGGGCGAUGGUUUGCAAGCUGCAAUCGCGGACCUUGUUCCAGCCGAGUUUGAGUCGCCUACCGGAGAAAGGGUCAAAAUAACUAUAGAUGAGGCUGGGUUUGCUAAACCCAGUGUUCCUAUGGAGGCUGUGGGUGUUAAGAACCAGACGGUACUGCCUACAGAGUGCCGACAAAGAGCUGCUACUUACAAAGGGGACUUUAAGAUACGAAUGACAGUCACUAUUGAUGAGAAAAAUAUUACAGUGGAUAGGUCACUUGGAUCUUUGCCUAUCAUGGUUAAGUCGAAAAUGUGCCACUUAGCAGACCUGUCUCCUGAAGAAUUGGUGGAACACAAUGAACAUGCUGACGAGUGGGGAGGAUAUUUUAUUGUUAAGGGUCAUGAGCGACUAGCUCGCAUGCUUCUAGUGACGAGACGGAAUUAUCCAGUUGCCAUCAAGCGGUCAGGAUGGAGGAUGAGAGGGAACCUGUUCUCCGACUACGGUGUCAUGGUCCGAUGUGUCACUUCUGAUCAGACUAGUACAAACAACGUCCUUCACUUCCUAAACAACGGUACUUGCAAGUUAAUGUUCUCGUACCGCAAGAUGAUGUACUACGCUCCACUGCUGCUCAUCAUGAAGUGUCUGGUGGACUGGCCCGACCACUACAUCUACAGGCUGCUGCUGCACGGGAAGAAGAAUGAUCUGUAUUAUGUCAAUUGCAUCCAAAACAUGCUCCGUGAGCUCCACGAAGAAGGACUCCACUCCUCACACGAGUGCCUCUCGUACCUUGGCCGGAUGUUCAGGCCCAAGCUCUACGACCUGCCGCCCUGGGCCUCAGACCUGGAUGCAGCCCACUUCCUCAUCAACCGGUGUGUGUUGAUACAUUUGAAGGAACACAAGGAUAAGUUCAAUGCCCUCGUCUUCAUGGCUCAGAAACUAUAUGAUUUGGUGCAGAAUAAGUGUAAGGUAGAAGGUGCUGAUGCAGUGAUGGUCCAAGAGCUCCUAGUCGGUGGACAUCUAUACCUUCAGAUCCUGAAGGAACGGCUUCAGCAGCUGAUCACCAAUGUCAGGAUACAGAUCAUCAAGAAAGCUAAGACUAGCAAGAAACUUGUCAUUGGAACGCACGAGCUACAACAAAUGCUCCGCAGUUCAGGCAACUUGGAGCAGAAGAUGGAAACCUUCCUGGCGACCGGCAAUGCUCCCUCCAACAAUGUCACUCUCGCACAGUACAAGGGACUUACUAUUGUAGCUGAGAAUAUUAAUCGGAUGCGCUAUAUGUCUCAUUUCAAGUCUAUCCACCGAGGGUCGUUCUUCAUGGAGAUGCGUACCACAGAGGCUCGGCAGCUGCUGCCCGACGCGUGGGGCUUCGUGUGCCCCGUGCACACCCCCGACGGAGCACCCUGCGGCCUGCUCAACCAUCUCACCUGCACUGCACAGGUAACACAACCCGCCGACCCGAAGCAAGUAGCAGCCUUACCGCAAGUUUUAGAAAGAUGCGGUAUGGAGCCAAUCAGCUCGGUAUCUCAAACCCCCCUCUCCCGUGACGUGUACAAGUACCCAGUGUUCGUCGACGGCAAGCUGGUGGGCUACUUCGCCGAGGAUACGGUGGACAAGUCCGCAGCCUACCUCCGAACCCUCAAGAUUAAGGGGGAGGAGGUGCCUAUUACUACGGAGAUCGUGGUCGUGCCUAAGAAGCAGAUAUGCUCCCAAUACGCGGGCGUAUUCCUGAUGACGAGCGAGUGUCGUCUCAUGCGGCCCGUCAUCAACAGCAGCAGUCAGCAGCUCGAGCUGAUCGGCACCAUGGAACAACUGUACCUCGACAUCGCCGUCACACACAAUGAGAUUAUUAAAGGUAAAACGACUCACGUGGAGUUAUCGCAGACUGCUUUCAUGAGCAACUUGGCACAACUCGUACCUAUGCCGGAUUGUAACCAGUCGCCACGUAACAUGUACCAAUGUCAGAUGGGUAAACAGACAAUGGGUACACCUAUUCACACGUGGUUAACGAAUGCGGAGACCAAACUGUACAGACUGCAGACUCCCGCUACGCCUCUGUUUAGACCGACACAUUACGAUAAUAUAGGGCUGGAUGACUAUCCUUGUGGGACCAAUGCUAUUGUUGCUGUUAUUUCUUAUACGGGCUACGACAUGGAAGACGCGAUGAUAAUAAACAAAUCUUCCUACGAGCGAGGUUUUGCCGCCGGCUCUGUUUACAAAGCAGACUUUAUAGAGCUCGCUCAUCCUGCCUCUUACUUCUGCCGCGACCCAUCCAAGCCUGACCUCGGCAAGCACAUCGAUGAUGAUGGUCUACCCGCUGUAGGGGCCAGGGUUAAACCGGAGGAUCCUUUCUACAGUUUCUACGACGGCGAGAAGAGUACGUUUGUAGUAAGCCGUUACCGCGGCAAGGAGGAGGUGUUCGUGGACAGCGUGCGGCUGUGCGGGGACUUCAGCGCCCGGCCGCUCAAGAAGGCCUGCGUCAUGCUGCGGCUACAGCGUAACCCAACAGUAGGUGACAAGUUCGCUUCCCGAGCGGGUCAGAAGGGCAUCUGUUCCCAGAAGUGGGCAUGCGAGGACCUACCCUUCACGGAGUCAGGGCUGGUGCCUGAUGUGCUGUUCAACCCUCACGGCUUCCCUUCCCGAAUGACUAUCGCUAUGAUGAUCGAGUGCAUGGCCGGGAAGGCUGCUAGCUUGCAUGGACAUGUCCACGACGCCACACCAUUCCGUUUCAACGAGAAGGACACAGCUAUAAACUACUUCGGGCGUCUACUAGAAGCGUCGGGGUACAACUACUACGGCACCGAGCGCAUGUACAGCGGGGUGGACGGACGGGAGAUGGACGCUGACAUAUUCUUCGGCGUCAUUCACUACCAGCGGCUUAGGCAUAUGGUGUCUGAUAAGUGGCAGGUCCGUACAACGGGCGCGGUAGACGCUCUAACCCGUCAGCCGGUGAAGGGUCGUCGCCGCGGUGGUGGUGUGCGUCUCGGCGAGAUGGAACGCGACGCUCUCGUGUCACACGGCGCUGCAUUCUUGCUGCAUGACCGACUCUUCCACUGCUCCGAUAAGACUGAGGCUAUCCUAUGCUCAAAAUGCGGGACUCUACUCGGGCCGAUCGUCGGUCGCAGUGAGACGAGUAAAGAAACUUGCCGACUGUGCGGAGAGGGCAACCUCGUGUCUAUAGCCAUACCAUACAUCUUCAAAUUCUUUGUCACACAACUCGCUUGUGUUAAUAUUAAUGUUAAGAUCAACUGUAGUGAACAACUUGCGUUAACCGCGUAAAUAGGGACCUUAAUAUUGUAAGAUGAUGUUAAUAAAUGAUGUUUAUAUGGUU